AUGGACCGUGGUUUGUUUAAUAUAGCUGUUUUUCUGGACUUACAAAAGGCGUUCGACACCAUAAAUAAUGACAUCCUCUUAACGAAACUUGAUCUUUAUGGCCUACAGAAGCCAUCAUUAAACCUUUUAGGAUCCUAUUUAGCGAAUAGAACCCAAAUGUGCUCCGUUAAUGGCGCUCUGUCGGGCACGAAGUUGGUUACAUGUGGAAUCCCUCAAGGUUCAAUUCUUGGCCCACUCUUAUUCUUGAUCUACAUUAAUGAUCUGCCUAACAGUUUGGAGUACUCGUCGACAAGAAUGUUUGCCGACGAUACGACUUUAACUGUAUCUGGCAAGUCAAUCCAAGAUGUAGAG